AGGUAAACACGAGGAUGCCAUACCCUGAAAUGGUUUUCGUAGACCCAGCUCUGCCUUCACACGGACGGAACAUGUUUGCUGUGAUGCGUCACUUGAUGGCUUCAGAAAACAUGGAAACAGUUCGUGACCCCCAGGAGGAAUGUGUGGUACCCCGGAUGAUCAGGAAGCGGGUUAUUCUGAAGAAUGGAAGAGCCAACACAAUCCAGCUGAAUGUUGAGAACCAACCAUCCAAGUACAUGGCGGACCUGUUCACAACUCUGGUGGAAGCUCAGUGGAGAUGGACUCUGCUCAGUUUCUCCCUCUCAUUCAUUGUCAGCUGGCUCCUGUUUGCCUCCAUCUGGUGGCUCAUCGUAUACAGUCAUGGCGACCUGGACCCCGAUCAUUUGCCGGAUGCGCAAGCCGACAGCAACUGGACCCCGUGCGUGUGGAACAUCAAGAGCUUCAUGUCCUGCUUCCUGUUCAGUAUUGAAGUGCAACACACCAUCGGGUUCGGCGGUCGGAUGACUUCCGAAGAGUGUCCGGAAGCUGUGUUCAUCAUGUGUGCCCAAAGCAUCGUGGGUGUCAUGAUCCAGGCCUUCAUGGUCGGCGUCAUCUUCGCCAAACUCUCGCGGCCCGAGAAAAGAGCAAGGACUUUGCUGUUUAGCAAACGAGCUGUUAUCUGCCAACGAGACGGAUAUUUGACCUUGCAGGUUCGGGUCGGAGAUAUGCGGAAGUCGCAAAUAAUCGAGACCCACGUGCGGGCUCUGGUCAUCCGCAAGCGCGUCACGCCGGAAGGGGAAGAGUUGCCCUUUGAGCAGAAGGAGAUUUCUUUCGGGAUCGACGAGGGCGAGGACCGGGUUCUGUUCAUCUGGCCCACAACCCUGAGCCACCGGAUAGACGAGCAGAGCCCGUUUUACGACAUGUCCGCGUCGGACUUGCUCAGGGCCAAGUUCGAGCUGGUCAUCAUCCUGGAGGGGAUUGUUGAGUCGACGAGUUCCUCUAUCCAGGCGAGGACUUCGUACUUGCCGCAGGAGAUUUUCUGGGGACACCGGUUCCCAUCCCUUAUUUCUUUUGAUCGAAUGGCCGGAACUUAUUCCGUCGACUAUUCCCGGUUUCACGAAACGAUGUCUUUCGACACGCCGCUGUGCUCCAUGAAGGAUUUAGACUUUUUCAAAAGCAAGAACCGGAUUGUGGCAAAAGCCGACACUCUGACAAACGAUCCAAGCAAGCAUCGAUGACGUACAUGCCCAAACUUGGAGGAGUAGAAGACGAUCAGAACGUUGUCAAGUGAGUUCACAAGGGCUUCUUUGGGAACCGAUGUCCAGGAUAACUCGUCUCUGCAUGCUGGCAAGGAAUUCCACCUCGAACUUACGAAUGUGAUAAUUCAAAGAGCUCAUCAGGAAUCUGAAAAAAAUGUUUCAGCAUUUUCGAAUCACGGAUCAGCCAUUUCGCAUUCGAGAACUUAUUCCAUUCAUCGAAGAAGUAUCAGCAGAAUAGUACCCAAUUUUCUCACAGAUUUUGAAAAAAAAAGAGAAAGUCAUGGUUGACGCGGAACGACUCUUGAAAGGGAUUUGCAAUCCCCUUGAAAACGUUCAUUCUUCCGAUACCUUUUUAUUCUGAAAAAAAAAGACGUCCGAAAAUCAGGUAAUUCAGGCAUGAUUUAAUUUGUUGCCUAAGGUGUAUAAAACGGUGCUUCCGUGGGAACUGAUGCAAAGGUGGAAAGCACAUCGUCAGAAAGCCAAUAAAUUCAGCACAAGAUCGACGAUUUAGUGCGGAUUCUGUCGUGGCAUAUUAUUCGCCCACUGCGUUAGAAGAUCUAUACAGGAAUCCCCAAAAAGGUUUUUUGACGUCGGGAAGUUUUGAUGUACUUGAUGUACUUAAGUUGUAAUGUCCUUAUGCUUGAGAAAUGCAUACGCGUAUUUUUGCUUUUAU